CAGCUCGAAACGUCCUGCCUUUAAGUGUUUCAAUAAUUUUUAGCCUUGUUUACCCGUAUUUUAAUUAAUUCUCCUUCUUUAUUCGUAUAAUCGGGCUAUGUUUUUGUGCUUUAUCGGUGGAAAUAAACAAAUCAGAGUUCAUCAGUAUACUGAGUAGAUAACAUUAUUGAAAAAAUUUGCAGAUUAUAAUAUAUCAUAUUUUUGAAGUUUAAAGCCUUAGAAACCGAAAAUUAAAGCAAAAUCCUGCCAAAAUGAGACUUUUGGUUCCUAGUUUUGAAUUCCCGCCAGGCCCCCAUGAGAGCAGUUAAUUGCUACCAACUGUUGUAAGAAUAUUGGAACAGAAUACUUAGCAUAACAGUACUUGAUAAAAUCUUAUUUGAUCAAAAACCAUUAUUACACAUUACUAUUUAUACUUUUUUCAAGCUUUAUAAUCAGAUUCAAUAGGAAAUUUCUCUCGAUCUGGUCAAGUUCUUUCACUACUGGUAGUGCCAUCAAUUUUCUAAAGUUGCCUAACCUGUAGCAAAAAUUACUCACGCUUCUGACGUUCUGAAGCAUUGGCUGAUGGUCAACAUUUUCUGAUGUUCCAGUGUGUAGGCUAGUUUCACUUUUAUUUUCGUAACUUCUCUCAAGCUGGGAAUCGCUGAACUCUUUUGCACCGUCCUUUUAUUUCUCUAAUUUUACGUGUUUAGUGAUAAAAUGGCUUCGAGUGAUACAUCCCAGGACGACUCCAUGUACCCGAUCGCUGUAUUAAUAGACGAACUCAAAAAUGAGGACGUUCAGUUGCGGUUGAACUCCAUCAAGAAGCUCUCAACAAUUGCUCUUGCUCUGGGUGUUGAAAGGACGAGAAGUGAGCUUCUGCCUUUUCUGACUGAAACCCUUUUCGAUGAAGAUGAAGUGCUGUUGGCAUUUGCAGAACAAUUUGGACAUUUAACAAAUCUAGUUGGAGGUCCUGAAUAUGUCCACUGCUUAUUGCCACCUUUGGAGUCUCUCGCCACAAUGGAGGAGACAGUUGUUAGAGACAAGGCAGUUGAGUCUUUGAGGCUGAUUUCCGCACAACACAGUACUGAGGAUCUUGAGGAAUAUUUUGUGCCACUGGUCAAACGUCUAGCAACUGGGGACUGGUUCACAUCCCGUACCUCUGCUGUCGGCCUUUUCAGCGUCUGCUAUCCUCGUGUCAGUCCAGCUGUCAAAGAGGAGCUGAGAGCAUACUUCAGAAAUCUUUGUCAAGAUGAUACUCCAAUGGUGCGUCGAGCUGCUGCCAGCAAACUUGAUGAAUUUGCUAAAGUUGUGGAAAUUCAGUAUCUUAUAUCAGAUUUAAUCCCUAUGUUUGUAAAUCUAGCACAAGAUGAACAGGAUUCAGUACGACUGUUAGCUGUGGAGGCAUGUGUGAGCAUUGCUUCCCUUCUGCAGCAAGAAGAUGUUGAACAGUUGGUCAUGCCAACUCUCCGUCAAUGCACUAAUGACACAUCCUGGAGAGUACGCUACAUGGUUGCAGACAAGUUUGUUGAGCUUCAGAAAGCUGUCGGGCCGGAAAUCACAAAACAAGACUUGGUACCCACUUUCCAAGCUUUGCUGAAAGAUACUGAGGCAGAAGUCAGAGCCGCUGCUGCCAAUAAAGUGAAGGACUUCUGUCAGAACUUAGAUGCAUGGAAUCUAGAAUCCCUGAUCAUGACUAACAUUCUGCCCUGUGUCAAGGAGUUAGUUGCUGAUCCAAACCAACAUGUCAAAUCUGCACUGGCAUCUGUCAUCAUGGGGCUCUCCCCUAUCCUUGGAAAACAAAAUACAAUUGAGCAUCUAUUGCCCCUGUUUCUCAACCAACUUAAAGAUGAAUGUCCGGAAGUGCGACUCAACAUUAUUUCUAACUUGGAUUGUGUGAAUGAAGUCAUCGGUAUUCAGCAGCUAUCACAGUCGUUGCUCCCAGCCAUUGUACAGCUAGCAGAAGAUUCUAAAUGGAGAGUGCGUUUGGCAAUCAUAGAAUAUAUGCCGCUGUUGGCUGGCCAACUUGGUGUGGAAUUCUUCAAUGAACAACUUAACUCCUUAUGCAUGAAGUGGCUUGUUGAUCAUGUGUACGCUAUUCGGGAAGCAGCAACAUUAAAUUUAAAGAAAUUAGUUGAAAAAUUUGGUGCUGAAUGGGCGCAAUCUACAGUAAUUCCUAAAGUAUUAGCCAUGUCACGGGAUACUAAUUACCUCCACCGAAUGACAUGUUUAUUUAGUCUAAAUGUAUUAGCAGAAGCCUGUGGCCCAGAAAUAACAACAAGACUCAUGCUACCAACUGUUUUAGGAAUGGCCAAUGACAGUGUUGCCAAUGUACGAUUCAAUGUUGCAAAAACAUUGCAGAAAAUUGGACCAAUCCUUGAUCCAGGAGUCAUCCAAAGUCAAGUUAAACCUGUUUUGGACACACUAAACACUGACACUGAUGUAGAUGUCAAAUACUAUGCCUCCGAAGCAAUUGUCAGCAUUGCCGCAUAAUUGACUCAUCUACAAAAUCCCAUUUUGUGGCCCAGCAAGAAGGAAGAUGUUUGGAAAAUCACACAAACUGAUGGAUAAUAAUUUUAACGACUUUACCGCUUUGGAAUUUGUUAGCGCUAAGCUUUGGUGGAACUGUUUCAAAUCUUUCUAAUUUUAUCAUUUUUAUCUAAAUGUUUGUCUUGUUUUUAUUUAAUUUUUUUUAUUUUUUAUUUAUUUUUUUUCAACGUAUUAAUUUCUAUUUAUUUAUCCUCGCGCCCCAACCGUGUCAGGAAUUGUAAAAUAAAUUAAUUAAAUUUAGCUCUGUAAUAUAUUUGCUCUUAAACUGUAUUAUUUGUAGAAUGUUCUCUAACUGGGACUAAUCUGGUACCCAUAUGAAUUUCAAUUAAAGAUUAUUUUAAGUAACAUUGGUGAAACCUUAUAAACACUUAAAAUUUAAUUGUUUUCCCGGUCAGCUAUUUUUGACAGCCUUGUGACAAAUCUUCAUGAUAGUAAUGGUGAUUUUUGUCUUGCACAAUGAGGGAAUAAAUGAUCGCAAGUUAUCUUUCAUGCCCUUGUUAGCCUCUAUAUCUCUAGAAUAAGGAUCAUGGAGAGUUAAUUUUAGAUGAGUCAUAACCACACUUGUGAAAAUUUUUAUAUGAUUGUUAUGGAAUGCCGGUGAAACUUCCUAGGUUCAAAUCACUUUUUAUCCCCUCUCUGGACAGAAUACUUGUUUUUUAAGUUAGUCUUUUUUUAUAUAGAAAAAAAAAUGAACCUGAAAAUCCCUAAACUUCUUAAAUACUCAGGCCACUGUCAAAAACCAAUUGGAACUGAUUGAGAAUGGUUUAUUUUCCUUUUAUUUUCUUUAUUCAUUACCAUUUUUUCUUCUAAUAGAUACAUAUUGCUCCAAUUGAUUUAUCAAUGGAUUCUUUGCAGACAAUUUUUUGACAUUUAGGUCUCAGUUAGUUCUCUGAAGGACAGAAGCGCCUUUAAAUAGAGAAAAAAAGAUUGGCCAGAGGCUGAUUCUUCUGUCCAUAAUUUACUUUCUGUCUAGGGUUUAAAUUGUUCAUGUACUUCUGGUUCCUCCUAGACAGUGAUCAGCAGUCAAACUUGGACAGGAAUAGAGCGUAUCCAUUAAAGUGACAAAUGUUUUUCAAUCCUAUUUGAUACUAUCCAUAAAUACCAAUUUCAGUCAUAUCAUUUGCAUUAAUGGGAAUUUUGAAUCCCUUGUACAUUGUACAUCACUUAAUUACUUUACCUCAUGUCCUCAAUGCGAAAGAGUUAUGGUUUCCUUGAUAAUAAGUUUCAAAUUCUUCCCGAAUGAAAUUAAGUUGGUCCACAAGUAACACGCGAGCUCAGUCCAGCUGAUGUUUUAGAUCAUUUGCGGAAUGAAUGUAUUGUUUUAACGAGAAUAAAUGGAAACUGAACUGUAUGAUGUAUGUUAACUGUUUUUCUAAGUUAAGAGUAAUAAUUGACUGUGCUAUCAGUUUCCUUUUUAUAUGACUGCUUUUUACGUUUUUACAUACCACAAAAAAAGUUAAAAUAAGAAUGAAUUAAGUUUAUUAAGAAAAAGUCACAAGCCAUAAAUCAUUUUUGAAAAGUUUUUAUAUUAGCUCAUCAAUUCAUGAAGAGUCGGGUAAAUGAGGUCAUGUUAUCUAAAUUCAAAUGAAAACCUCCUAUUUCAACCUUUGACACCAAGGAAAUCCUUUCAAUUAUGGCAUAUACUUACAGUCGCUGUUAGAGUCGAACAUGUUAGAAUGAGACUUUUCAUCAUGUUUGUUUCUCUUUCAGGAUUAAAAUAAUCUACACAGGGGAACAAAGUAAAUUGGAAAAUGGAUUUUAAUAAUCCUGGAAGUAAGAGUCAGUAAUUUUCAUUAAACUACUAUGUAAGGCAUUUUCUUCUCACAAUUUUUUUCAUAAAUUGUAGGAUUAUUGAAUAACUUUAAACUGAAACUAUGAUCUGUUUCUUAAUUCUAUCCUUGUUUUUCUCCAAUGCUAUCUUAGUUAUUUGACUCUGGAAAAUACAUUGAAGAUUAAAGUGUGCUUGUUGAAGAUUUUUCAGUCAGUGUCAGGAAGAGUUUAGUUUUAACUUUGUCUACAUGUUCAUAUACAUAUGCAUAUAUCAAUCAAAUAAAAAUUAAAUUCUGCUA